GGAUUUCCGCAACCUCCGCCCAACUGCCCGUACACCUACUUCACAUCUCCAGGCAGCAUGAAGGGCUGGCUGCGGACCACCGGGCUGCUUCUGCUGUCGACAAUCACAGCCGUCGCGGCCAUUGAUGUAACUCUGACAACAGGUGAUGGACAAAAAUGCUCGGGCAUGUACAGCAAGAAGUCAUGGGGAGGAAAGGACGACCCCUUCAUCCUCGUCAAGUUUCUGAAAAAUGACAAAAACAAAGACGUGGAGGAUCCGACAGUGGGUGUAGUCAUCUGGGAAUGGAAAGACGGAAUGCUGCUGGGAAAGCCAUCCGAUAAACCUCUCGCAGAUCGCCAAUACAUUUGCAACGACGAUUCCAUUAAGCAAAAUCUCUGCAAUGGCACCCAUAAGGGCGAAUGGAUCCUCGCCGAUAAUGUCGAGAGCCAAUCCAAGAACUUUGUCCGUACCGCUGCCAUCCACCUCAACGAGCCCCAGCCCAUCAAAUACCCCAUCGCAUCUGGCGAAGACCAAAAGGUCAUGCUGAAGACGGGAUACUACUGCGUUGCGACGGCAGCCAUGUCUAAAGACGUCGAGUACGAGGCCAUUGUUACGUUCCGCAAUGCCUACGGAGAGCUCCCGGCCGCGCAAAUCGCGAAGCUGCCCUUCUACGGGGGCAUAACCAUCGCCUAUUUCCUAGUGUGUAUCUUCUGGGGCUUCCUAUACUUCCAGCACAGGACCGACAUCCUCGCUGUUCAAAAUUACAUCACAGCCAUCCUCGGAUUCCUGGUCCUGGAGAUGUUGAUGACUUGGGGCUUCUACGACUACCAGAACCGCCACGGCAACAACGUUGGCGCAAAGGUGCUGAUGAUUGUUGUCGCCGUGCUUAACGCUUUCCGCAACUCCUUCUCCUUUUUCCUGCUACUCAUCGUCUGCAUGGGUUAUGGUGUUGUCAAGCCUACGCUGGGCAAAUACAUGACCAUGGUUCGCUGGCUCGCCGUCGCCCACUUUGUUUUUGGUGUCAUCUACGCUGUUGCUUCCCUUACCAUCAAGCCGGAUGAAGCUGGCCCGGUGGUGCUUUUGGUCAUUCUCCCUCUUUCUGCGACCCUGACAGCCUUUUACAUCUGGACCCUGAACUCACUCAACCUGACCAUGAAGGAUCUUAUGGAGCGCAAACAGCAUGUCAAAGCUGGCAUGUAUAAGAAGCUGUGGUGGUGCAUCCUGAUUAGCAUCAUCGUCAUCUUCGGUUUCUUCUUUCUCAACAGUUUCACCUUUGCCGGAGCCUCCAAUGAUGACUUCGCCCCCACUCACUGGCAGACGCGAUGGUUCAUCCUGGAUGGUUGGCUCAAUAUAGUGUACUUCGCCGACGUCUGCUUCAUUGCAUACAUGUGGAGACCGACAGCGAAUAACCGAAGAUUCGCUAUGAGUGACGAGAUCGCACAAGACGAUGAAGGAUUCGAGAUCGCUUCGCUUCGCGAUUCCCUUGACGAAGAAGAGGGCGGAGGCUACGAUACUGUUCCUUCACAUGAGCAGCAGGGUCCUCACUCGGCGAAUCGUGAUGCUUCGCCCCUCCCAGCGCCCAGGCCUCAGAAACCUGUGGUACCUCCGCGCGAAAGCCUGGACGGGGAUACCAUCUUCGCAGUCGGCGAGGAUGAUAAGUGGAGCGAUGAUGAAGAUGACGAUGAAGAUGAGAGGAAACGAUUAACUUCAAAGCGAGACGAUUAG